AUGGAUUCUCAAGGGCUAGGCGCUGAAACCGCCAAUGGAUCCAAGAAAUACAGGACGGUGUCGUCGCAACCUGAGAACCCGUUCGCCAACCUCAUUCCUGAUCAAACCUUCGCUGUCAUACCGCAAGUCACGCUCGAAUCUGGCGUUGUAUUACAGAAUGUCAGCGUUGCAUACAAGACGUACGGUACCCUCGCGCCCAGCGGAGACAAUGCCAUGGUGAUAUGCCAUGCGCUCACAGGAAGCGCUGAUGUUGGCGAUUGGUGGGGUCCGUUGCUAGGAGGACCUGGAAAGGCUUUCGACAUCUCGCGUUUCUUCGUGGUAUGUAUGAACAGUCUCGGCAGUCCAUACGGCAGUGCAAGUCCCGUCACAGCAAAGGACGGCGACGCGUCGCUGGGCCCAUACGGUCCCGAGUUCCCACUGACAACUGUGAGAGACGAUGUCAAUGUCUUCAAGCUGAUCUUGGAUGAUCUCGGUGUGAAGCAGAUCGCUGCAGUUAUUGGAGGAUCUAUGGGCGGUAUGCUUGUUCUCGAGUUUGCAUACUUUGGAAAAGACUAUGUCAGAACCAUCAUCCCGAUAGCCACGUCGGCUCGCUACAGCGCAUGGGGUAUCAGCUGGGGCGAGGCGCAACGGCAGAGCAUCUACAGCGAUCCCAAAUACGACGAUGGCUACUACUCAUACGAAGACCCUCCGUCGACUGGGCUUGGAGCAGCACGUAUGUCGGCCCUGUUGACCUACCGGAGCCGCGAUUCGUUCGAAUCGAGAUUUGGGCGCAACACGCCAGACCUGUCCAAGAAACAGAGCAUCAAUACUGUACCGCGCCCGACGACCCCAUCAAAUCCUUCGCACGAACAUUGGGCUAUACAUAAUCACGGCCACAAGAAUGCUGGAUCGCCGCGUCUUAUGUCACGAUCAAACAGCAGUACCGCCAUACCUGGCUCUGCAGCGGCACAGGCUGAUCUCGAAUUCCACGAUGCGUCGGGCCCUGGGACGCCGAACCUGCAACGGACAAGCUCCACAAGUAGCAACGGCGCAUUCCCUCGCUCCUCGAAACCCUUAGCCCCUCACUAUUUCUCAGCACAAUCAUACCUCCGUUACCAAGCCGACAAGUUCAUCAAGCGCUUCGACGCCAACUGCUACAUCGCUAUCACUAGAAAGCUGGACACACACGACGUAUCUCGUUACCGUUAUCCUGAGGGCGAGACCCCCGACACACUGGACCCAGUAUCGGCCCUUCAUCAUGCGCUUUCUUUGAUCGAACAGCCCACCCUUGUUUUGGGUAUACAAUCAGAUGGCCUUUUUACAUUUGCCGAACAGAAGGAGCUGGCCGCUUGUAUUCCGAAAGCCACGCUCAAGACCAUCGACUCCCCGGAUGGUCAUGACGCUUUCCUUCUAGAAUUUGAGCAGGUAAACAAACAUCUGCUGGGCUUUUUGAAUACUGAGCUCCCAGAAAUCAUGAACAGAACGCCAAAUGUAGAAACCGUCAAGAGCGAUACUGGUAUGACUGCUACCAAGACCAGUACAUUUGGUGAGGCUGAAGUUGAGGAUAUCACUGCAUGGUAA